UUUUACGUUAACGUCGUCAAGCUCAAAUCCCCAGACCCUUGACCACGAGAGAAGUUUCGGCAAGGUAGCCCUUAAAAAAAGCAAAACAAAUGAAUACCCUUGUUCGUCUUCUACCGGAAUCGUGUUUACAAGCCCUAACGUCGGCUUAUUUUCGAUUUUCUGCUUGGAGGGCACUGGGUUCAAGAAGUCACAGCCAGCUCAAAACUUGUGUUGACUCAAAAAUGAAGGUCCAUAUCAUUCCAGCUUUGCAAGAUAACUACAUGUAUUUGUUGAUUGAUGAGAGCUCAAAUGAAGCUGCUGUAGUAGAUCCAGUAAACCCCAGUAAAGUGAUUGAAAUAGCUAAUCAGGAAAACGUGAAGUUGACAACCGUACUUACCACCCACCACCAUUGGGAUCAUGCUGGAGGCAAUGAAGAACUGGUAAAACUUGUACCUGGUCUUGCAGUUUAUGGUGGAGAUGAUCGCAUUGGAGCUUUAAACAAAAAAGUCUCUCAUGGAGAUAAACUUCAAGUGGGAAACCUGGAAAUUCAAUGUUUAUUCACCCCAUGCCAUACUUCUGGACAUGUUUGUUAUUAUUUGCCACCAAGCAGUGUAAAUGGUCAAGCAGCAGUAUUCACUGGUGAUACUCUUUUUCAGGGGGGUUGUGGUAGAUUUUUUGAAGGUACAGCAGAUCAAAUGUAUCAUGCAUUGAUCGAUGUUCUUGGCUGCCUUCCUGAUGAUACUCGCAUUUAUUGCGGCCACGAGUACUCUCUACAAAAUCUAGCUUUUGGUCUUCAUGUAGAACCUAACAAUGAAUCUGUCGCCAAGCGUAUACUUUGGGCCAAAGAGCAACGUGCAAAAUCCGAGCCCACCGUUCCUUCAUUACUUAGUGAAGAAAAGCUGUUCAAUCCGUUCAUGCGUGUUAACGAGCUCACCGUUCAAAGCCAUGCGAAACAGAAUGAUCCUAUUGAAACGAUGAAAUCCUUACGCACUGAGAAAGACUCGUUUAAAGCCAAUAUAUGAAAACCCUGGCAAACGACUGACAUUUCGUGAUGCUCUGUAGGCCUUCAACUUGCAACGUCCGUUUAUUGUAUUCGUAUGUUACACAUAUUUCUAAUGUC